CCCAGGCAAUAAGCGGAGUCCGGGGUCGCUCUGUGCGCAUUGCAGCCUCCUUGUUCGACGCAUUCUCCCUCAUAAGGCCCGACGCCCACUCUCAAACGCGUUUUAACGCGUUUUGACUACUCUUAAUCCCAGAUAUAAAUCGUUUCAACCAUGGCAGGAGAAAGACGACGACUCUCGGACGCACAGGGCCCGUCAGAAGACGCGAAGAGGCCCCGGAACGAUCUGGACAUAAUCGUGAUUGACGAUGACGAAGAUGAUGAACCCCUCGAGACUAUUCUGGCCAGAAUAGAAGCGCAGGAAAGGAGUGAGGCUCUCGCGAGACAAUUGCAGGCUGAAUGGGCUGCCGAGGAGGCGGAAUGCGAUGCGAGUCAGGCCAGCUCCAGCGUUGCAUCCUCGUCAAACGUCCAACCUCCUAACGCAAUUAGUGCACUACAAUCCCGCGAGAUUAUAGAUGUCGAUGAGCUGGGUGAUGAAUCUAUGGUAUAUGGUUUCUCUCAGCGGCAGGAACACCUCAGUGCGAACGUACAACCCACCGAAUCAUUCGCAUCUGUGCCACUCUCUGUACCUUCACCCAAAUUGCGGAGUUACUCUGAUUCAGAUGUAGAGCUUCUAGAAGACAAUGAAGCCGCAGAAGUCGCGAGGCUCAUUGCAAGGAAACGAGAACGUGCCGUCGCAAGCUCUCCAGUUGCCGAGCCUCCUACAGCAUCCCAGUCUGCAUCUGCUAAGUUAAAGGGAAAGGCAUCUGCGGGCUCGAGUGGAGGCACGGUGCCGACGCAGAAGCUCCGUGAAUAUCAGGAUCUAUUUACUGGUUUCAAGGAAUGCGAAUGUGGCCAACCUAUUCUGUCGGAACGCGGCCAUGUAACAUAUACAGAUCAAGGCUCUCCAUCGAGUCUCCUCUUCCUCCUACACGCCCCAUGCCACUUUUGUACGAAGAAUCACUGCCGGGGAUGCAUGAAACCAGUACCCUGCCCCAUCAACUGCACAGGCAAACACCGAGACAACGACACUCCCUGCGCUGCAGUUACCUGCUGUGCCGAGGUCCGCGCGAUCGCACUCUUCGAGGCUCUCGGCGGGUUCGACCGUCAGUACCUCGGCGAGCGCGCCAGGGCGGACGCCCGUGUGCGCGAGGCCUCUGCACGCAACCGCGCAAUGUACACUCGCAGCGUCGGGCCUCGCGGGACGGGAUACUCCGUGGACUCAUUUGGCGGUCUCAUGCUCGGAGACGGGUACUAUUCUUCUUCUGAUGAAGAAAGCGAGUUCGGAGGUAGUUGGCCUGGAAUCGGUACCCGUGGUCGGGGGAGAGGACGAGGUAGGGGUAGGGGAUGGGCCCUCAGCUCUAUCGUCAACCUUGGCUCUAGUCUCAGCUACAAAUCACAGCCCAGCCCCACCUUCAACCCACACUCGACUGCGGAGCUAGCUGAUCACGACAACGAGACUGCCUUAGCCUGGGAUGAGGUGGUCGUCCGUGCGCUGACGACGAUCACGGAGUUUCUGCCGGCACCGUAUGCGGAAAGCCCGCAGAUCUACGACAUGCUUCCGAAUCCGUCCAUCACGGACCUGCUGGCGGCGUCUCAGCUGCCCGAGCUGCUGGACAACCUGCUCCGGAACGACUCUGUCACAGACUGGAUCGCCCGUGCCGACGUGUAUCAUGCCACCUUGUCGCUGUUACGACGGCUAGCAGACUGUGAGCUGACUAUCGAGGUCCUUGUAGGGCAAAGAUGGGAACUUGAGAAAAGCUGCGGUCUCACAGACUUCUUGUGGGGCGACGGCGAGAUUACCUGGGCAAAGGUCUCAGGCGCGCUCGUCAGAGCACCCCCGCUCUAUGCUCACUUUAAGAAGCUCACGAAGCAAUGCGAGACGUUCCUCUCGGGUGCUUCGACGAUGUUUGCAGAUAAGGAAGAGGAAGUCGCGGAGCAGACAGUGAAGGCCAUGUCGCUAUGCGGCGACAUCAUCGCCGCACGGGACGACAUCGAGCGCGCGAUGAGCGUGCUCGGGAAAGACCUCGCCUCCGUCCUGCAAGAGCCAUCCGUCGCUUCCUCCAUGUGCGACCACUCAGCGUCGUCCUCCGCCCAGUCUAACGGCCAGCCUCCCGAUCUCGAGAAGACGUACGCGCGCGAGUGCGAGAAGCUCGCCUUCGCGUACGUGACGCUCUCGCAGCCGUCGCCAUCGGGUGACAGCCUUACCUAUCCUGGCUUCAACUAUGCGAGCAAUCUAAAGCAGACGGCCAACGCGACGCGCCUCCCGAAGGACCGGCUUCAUCUGAUCAAGGAGCUCGCGGUGAUGGCGACGAGCCUCCCGCCGGGCGUCUGGGUGCGCGUGGACGAGGUGCGGAACGACGCCAUAAAGAUGAUGAUUGCAGGUCCGGAGGGCACGCCGUACGCGGGCGGCCUAUUCGAGUUCGACUGCUUCAUCCCCAUUGAGUACCCGAAGAAGCCGCCGCUGAUGCACCUGCGUACGACCGGCGGCGGCAGCGUGCGGUUCAACCCGAACUUGUAUGCAAAUGGCAGGGUUUGUUUGUCACUCCUUGGGACAUGGCAGGGACGCCCUGAAGAACAGUGGUCGUCAAAGUCAACGUUGUUACAGGUCGUUGUGUCCAUCCAGGGCAUGAUCCUGGUCGAUUUGCCUUGGUUCAAUGAGCCAGGAGCGGGCCCUGCGAGGGCCGAUCUCCGCGCGAGCAUUGACUAUAACAAGAAUAUCACGAUGCAGACGAUGCGGUGGGCGAUGGUAGAUUGGAUGAAGGACGAGCACAAGGAUGGCAUCUGGGCGGAUGUUAUCGCGUCGCAUUUCAGUCUGCGCAAGGACAAGAUCCGCAAAUGCAUCCAAGAAUGGGCCCAAGCGGAGCCGCGCAUUCGCUCAUACAACGCACAGUCCCUCCGCCGCCGCGGCCACACCUUCCAGGCCUUGGAUCUGGCCGGCCCGCCCUACCCUCUACCGGCGGGAUCUAAUCCCUUCGUGUGGCCCACUCCUGGGUCGGAAAGCUCGUCUACGAUUCCCGGCCCUAGUUGGGACAUCUUCGACUUGGACCUGUCCCCGCCUCCGCCUCCACCGCUAGCUCCCAGCUCGGGCAAACUCUACCCGACACAGACAAUCAUCAACGGCCAGAGCAACCUCGAUCUGCCACCACCCUACCCUUCACCGUCGUCAUCGCAAGGAUUCAGUUCUAUUAAGUGGUCGCAGGCCCCUUACACGACAGGCUCAUCGUUCGGGUCGCAUCCCACCGGCACCCCGUCGUCUGUUCCCCAGCCGUCGCCGCCAUCAGCAGGGCACCGUCCUCCGAGCACGUCCAACUCGAAGACGUCCGGUCCUCCACCGUCCGCGACUUCACAGCAGCCGUCACAGCCGCCUUCAUUCCUUUGGCCGCCUACUCCUGAGCCUAGCACGUGGGGCAGCGUUGGCGCGAGCGUCUUCGGCGUACCGCCCUCCUUCGCACAACCGCCGCCACCUCCAGCAGUGCCUUCUAGUGUGUCGUACCCGUUGGCAACGAGCGCGGGCUUGAAGUUGUCGAAGGCUCGUGCUUCGAAGGCUCGCGCUAAGGCGUCUGCCAGAGCGGGCGGGAUGGACUUGGUGGAUGAAUUUGAGAAGGGGAUUGAGAGGGUUGCUGGGUGGGAAAGGAGAGAGGUGGAGGAUUGA